GGCAUAUUUGCCUCUUUCCACUUCCAAAAUCAUAUCACAAAGUUGUGCUCUGAAAGCUGUAUAGGUGCAGGGCACAAAAAGUCCACAACCAUGUGCAAGAUCAAAUCCAUCCCCACCACCAACAGUGCUUAUCCACUCAUUAUCACCACCAUUCUCCUGGUGGCGCUUCCAUACCUAGCAGCACAGUCGACCCCCGUCUCCGCUGCACCUUCACCAGGAUCAGAUGACUGCUUCAGCUCUUUGAUCAACUUAUCUGACUGCUUAACUUUUGUGGAGGAAGGUAGCAAUCUAACUAAACCAGAUAAAGGGUGUUGCCCAGAAUUCUCAAAAUUGUCGAAUACUCAGCCAGUUUGCCUAUGCCAACUUCUUGGUGAUCCUAAUAAAAUUGGAAUUCCCAUUGAUACCAAGAAAGCCCUGAAACUCCCUUCUGCUUGUGGUGUCAACACUCCGCCAGUUAGCUUGUGUUCAGUAAUUGGUGUUCACGUUGGAGCACCUGCACCAAGUGAAGGCCCUCCAUCGCUUGAUGGAUCAGUAGCAGCAAACACAGCCCCUGGGAGUGAUGGUAAUGGAAGUCCAAGAAACUUAGCCUCAACCUUUCACUUUCUUGUUGGAUUAGCAAUUAUAUUAAUUACAAAUCUCCUCUGAUUCUCUAAGUCACUUAUAAUUAGUGAUUUCUUCAUUAAUUAUGUCUAAAUAUUCCAUCUCAUAUGACAUUAAUAGUGUGUUAGAAUUUGUUUAUGUAAUUCAUUUGAAGAUUUGCUUGCGACAUUACAAUUUUACACA